CCGUACCGUAACCACCAUACCUUUUUAGAAUUAAGUUCAAUAAAUUCAUAUUUUCAUCGAAGAAGGUUAAAAUGCCGUUAAAAGUAAUUUGCAAGAAUCUGCGGCGAGGGCCAUCUGUGAAGCUUUUGUUUACAAUUGAGGACAACUUUGAGAAUUUAAGAAAUACCAAGACUGCUAUUGGUAUUAUGAGUGGGGAAGACGAACUGCUUCAUGAUUGUACUGUUGACAAUAUAGUUGAUGUGUGCUUGUCAUUUGAUCAUUGGACUCUCGAAAAAUUCAAUCCAGGAGAAGAAAAAAUCGUGAAUAUCAAUAUAUAUGUCAAGAUUGCAGCUAAGACAAACAAGCAAGCCAAACAUAACACAAUCAUAUUGAAAGCAACAUGCAAUGAGCUUAAUUACUCUAAGCAGAUUACUUGUACAGAACACUGGUUAGAAAAUAUACUUAUUGGUUAUAAAAAGGUGAUACUAAAAAAGGAACAGUUUACAGUUUCAACUGAUUUAGAAAUAAAUUUAAGUGUAAUUCAGAAAGAACCAGUUACUUUUGCAAAGCUUUAUGAUGAUACAAUUUUAACAGACUUUCAGUUGAGCACUGCAGAAGGCAGUGUAGCUGUGCACAAAGUGUGCCUGGCUGCUCAUAGUGAUAUUUUCAAGACAAUGUUUAAUGGGCCUUGGAAAGAUGUUUCAAAUGGCCCUGUGGGAUCAGCAGUUACUUUGAGUAGUCUACAGCACUUCAAGGAAUAUGUGUAUUUGGGCAAGCUGCCUGAUGAAAAAGAAAACCUGCAACAUUUGCUGCUUCUAUCGUUAUUAUACUCCAUGGAAGCCCUAAAAUCUGAACGUAUUUCAAAGUUGAUAGAAUUAGUAAAUAGUGAAAAUCUGUAUAGCCUUUUUGAAUUUGCCUGUAAAAAUAAUAUACCAGAUUUGACAUUUGCUAUGCUUCUACAAGUUCCAGAUGAAGUUGUUCAUGAAACUUAUGAAUUGAGAAAACCCAUAGAUAAAGAUACCACUACACAGGACGAAAAAUAAUGAAUACUUAUAAUGUGAUAUAGGAACAUUAAAUUUGGAAAUUUCAGGAACAUCAUGUUAGUCAAUUUUGUUUUAUUUUCUUACUUUUAAUACAAUGAUUUCCUAUUUAUAAUUGUUGCUGCUUCAUAUUACUUAUUUAACUGAUUCUGAAUUAUUAAUAACCGUAUACACCGUGUUUUUUUUGUUUUCCGUUAAAUUCGACACGCAGUUAAGUUCAUCAUCACGAACCAACACAGUAUAUCGCUUUUUGUUAAAUUAGAAAAAAAUAAUUUUUUUUUCGUUUCCAUACAUAAUAAAUGGAUUAAUUAGUGUGAGAGGACCUUAAUCAUAACAUUAAAGCCAUUGUCAAGGGUUUGACAGCACAUGUCAAAACAAAUAACAUUAGGAAGUGGUAAAGGAUGCCACACACGUAAUUUUUUUUUUAAUAAUUCGAUAUCCGUAAGAGUUAAGAGGGUAGUUUCUUAGAGAAAUUGAUUGUAUUUGAACUUAAAAAUCUUCCCUUCAAGUUAACGGAAUUCAAUAAAAACAGGGUGUAUAUUAAAAACCUCCUGAAAUAUAUUGUUUGAACAAAAAUGAAUAUUUCUGUUAAAACUACUGGCCAUGUUUGGAUUACAAGGACUAACUAGGGACCUGAACCUGUUUAAGGGUGGC